AAUAAAAAAAAUAUUCGUGCGCAAGUGCGCUUCAUCGUCCUCUCCCCCCGCCGUGCACCCGCUUUCCCCCACCCGCUUUCCCCACGACCAAUUCGGGAACCCUACUCCGCUGCCGCCGCCGCCGCCGCCAUGAGCCGCCAACCUGAGGUUCUGUGGGCUCAGCGCUCUGAGAAGAUUUACUUGACCAUCUCAUUGCCAGAUGCAAAAGAUGUUGAGCUGAAGACUGAACCUAAAGGCCUCUUUACUUUCUCAGCUGUUGCCCAUGGGGAACCUUUUAGCUUCACUUUGGAGCUCUUUGAUUCCAUACUGCCAGAGGGAAGUAAAACAAAGACAAAGAUGGGCUUGCGAAACAUAAUCUGUUCAAUCCAGAAGGAAAAGAAAGGUUGGUGGAAGCGCUUGCUGAAGUCAGAGGAAAAGCAUCCAUACAUCAAAGUUGACUGGAACAAAUGGUGUGAUGAGGAUGAAGAGUCUGAAGCCUCGGGGGAUUCUGAUUAUGACUUUGAUGGGGCCAAUGAAGGAGAUGAAAGUGAUGAUGAUGACGGGAUGCUUUAUCUCCCUGACCUUGAAAAGUUAAGGGGCAAGUGACUUGGCUGCUCAGGUGAGGGAAGUAGGUCUGCUGUAACAGAUUAUCAUUGACGUGACAGAUAGGCUCUCCAUUAACGUAGUUGCUGUUACCUGCAAAGCAUCUGCGAUGGCACCAGAGUUUUGGCAUGAUCUUUGCUUGGCGUGUCUUUUAUCUCCGGGGUGUCUUUCCUGACCAGUGAGCUUGUGCUCUGAAUGUAGCUAUGAGCUGUGUAGUUUUCGACUAACUCUUAGCGCCAGUCGAUGACCUAAUUCUACUAUCACAAUGCAUCUAGAUCUUUUGGAAUCAUGAUAUCGUGGUAAGGAUUAUCAUUUGCUGGCAGGGUGAUUAGAUGUACAUGUCGCUCUGUUUAUAUGCCAUUCAAUUGCAGUGAGCAUCAGGUGGUUGCUUUCCGCUGCUUGGUAA